CGCGCGCCGCCGUCCACGCUGCUGCAGUGGCGCUAGUGAGUUGAGCAUCAAUAAAACACGGCUGAGAUGUUUGGCAUUGUUUAUUUUGCGGGCUUCAUUAGCUCGUGUAAACGCUUAAAAUAUAUUUGUCUUUCACUAUUAAUCAGCGGAAUACACUAGUUCUGCUUUUCAAGGGCUCUGCUAGGCGUUAAAGUCGUUGUCGUCCUUUAGGAAAAGAUGUUCAUGGUGUUAUUAUUUGUGUAGUGUGAGGUGCGCGCGCGCGUCUUGUGGAGCUCCAGGAGGAUUUUAUACCUUUUUAAAUGUACAUAUUUUAAUAUUUAUCGCUCUGCUCGACACACUAAGUUUUGUAGCUUACUGACAGCGUAGUAUUUCGCUAUACACCGCCGUCGGAUCUUCGAAGCGCGUCGCUUGGCUGUAUCGGGUGCGCGAUUAGACGCUUGGAUAAGCUUUUGGACCGCGACUCAAUUCUGGACCACGAAUAUAAGAUUUGUUAAUGUCCUCGUGAGGAACUCGAGCUGAAGAUGUGGGUGAACCCUGAUGAGGUGCUGUUGGCCAGCGCGUUAUGGAUGACAGAGAGAGCGAAUCCGUAUUUCAUCCUGCAGAAGCGAAAGGGCCAUGGAGACGGCGGAGGAGGACUCGCGGGUCUGCUGGUUGGCACCCUUGACGUGGUGUUGGACUCCAGUGCCCGUGUGGCCCCGUACAGGAUCCUCUACCAGACCCCCGAUUCCCUGGUUUACUGGACCAUCGCCCACGGGAGCUCUCGUAAGGAGAUCACGGAGAACUGGGAAUGGCUGGAGCAGAAUCUGCUGCAGACGCUCUCCAUCUUCGAGAACGAGAAUGACAUCACCACGUUCGUCAAGGGCAAAAUACAGGGCAUUAUAGCAGAAUACAACAAGAGCCACGACAUCAAAGAAGAUGACGACACGGACAAGUUCAAGGAGGCCAUCGCGAAGUUUCGUAAGCUCUUCGGCAUGCCGGAGGAGGAGAAGCUGGUGAACUACUACUCCUGCAGCUACUGGAAGGGGAAGGUGCCGCGACAGGGCUGGCUGUACCUCAGCAUCAACCACCUCUGCUUCUACUCCUACCUGCUCGGGAAAGAGGCUAAGCUGGUGAUCCGCUGGGCUGACAUCACUCAGCUGGAGAAGAACGCCACGCUCCUGCUGCCGGACAUGGUGCGCGUCAGCACACGCCUCAGCGAGCACGUCUUCUCCGUCUUCCUGAACAUCAACGAGACCUUCAAACUCAUGGAGCAGCUCGCCAACAUAGCCAUGAGACAGCUCCUGGACAACAAGGGCUUCGAGCAGGACCGCUCUCUGCCCAAACUCAAGAAGAAGUCGCCCAAGAAAGUCUCGGCACUCAAAAGAGAUUUGGACGCCAGGGCUAAAAGCGAGCGAUACCGGGCGCUUUUCCGCUUGCCGAAGGACGAGAAAUUGGACGGCCACACAGACUGCACGCUAUGGACCCCCUUCAACAAGAUGCACAUCCUCGGACAGAUGUUUGUCUCCACUAACUACAUCUGCUUCACCAGUAAAGAGGAGACCGCCUGCAGCCUGAUUAUCCCACUCAGAGAGGUGACCAUCGUUGAGAAAGCCGAUAGCUCCAACGUCCUUCCCAGCCCAUUGUCAAUCAGCACCAAAAACAAAAUGACCUUUCUCUUUGCCAACCUCAAAGACCGGGACUUCCUGGUGCAGAGGAUCUCGGACUUCCUUCAGCAGACCUCCUCCAAAAUCUACUUUGAGCGGGAAAUCACAGGCAGCCUCAGCAGCUCAGACGACGAGGUGUACUCGCAGCAGGGCAGUGUCCUGUCAUGUAGUCCUCAGUGCAGCACUCUCGGCUCUGAGGGAGAGAGUGACAGGCAGUUCAAUCUCAAUGAUAGCAGGGUUCCCACCGCCACACAAGCCCUGAUGACCAUGUACCGCCGGCGCUCCCCGGAGGAGUUCAACCCCAAACUGGCUAAAGAGUUUCUGAAGGAGCAGGCCUGGAAGAAUCACUUCACCGAAUACGGCCAGGGAGUGUGUAUGUACCGCACGGAGAAGACCAAAGACCUAGUGCUGCAGGGCAUCCCGGAGAACAUGAGAGGAGAGCUGUGGCUCCUGUUUUCUGGGGCGAUUAAUGAGAUGGCCACUCAUCCUGGUUAUUACGAGGAUCUGGUGGAGAAGUCGAUGGGGAAAUAUAAUCUGGCCACAGAGGAGAUCGAGCGAGACCUUCACCGGUCUCUCCCGGAGCAUCCGGCCUUCCAGAACGAGAUGGGCAUCGCAGCCUUGCGUCGAGUCCUCACUGCGUACGCCUUUCGCAACCCUAACAUCGGCUACUGCCAGGCCAUGAACAUCGUGACCUCCGUCCUGCUGCUGUACGCUAAAGAAGAAGAGGCCUUCUGGCUCCUGGUGGCCUUGUGUGAGCGGAUGCUUCCCGAUUACUACAACACCAGAGUCGUAGGUGCUUUGGUGGACCAGGGUGUGUUCGAGGAGCUGGCUCACGUCUACGUUCCUCAGCUGUACGACUGCAUGCAGGCGCUGGGCGUCAUCUCCACCAUCUCUCUCUCCUGGUUCCUCACACUCUUCCUGUCCGUCAUGCCCUUCGAGAGCGCCGUGGUGGUGGUCGACUGCUUCUUCUACGAGGGCAUCAAGGUCAUCUUCCAGCUGGCUCUGUCCGUGCUCGACGCCAACAUCCACCAGCUGCUGGACUGUAAAGAUGACGGGGAAGCCAUGACCAUCCUGGGCAGGUAUCUGGACAGCGUGACUAAUAAGGACAGCACCCUUCCUCCGAUCCCUCAUCUUCACUCGCUCCUGACGGAUAACGGCGAGCCUCAUCCUGAGGUGGACAUCUUCAAACUUGUGCGCUGCUCGUAUGAGAAGUUCGGCUCCAUUCGGGCGGAUGUGAUCGAGCAGAUGCGUUUCAAACAGAGACUGAGAGUGAUCCAGGCCAUUGAAGACACCACCAAACGCAAUGUGGUGCGGACCAUCGUGACGGAGACGCCCUUCAGCAUUGAUGAGUUGGAGGAGCUCUACACACUCUUUAAGGCCGAGCAUCUGACCAGCUGUUACUGGGGCAGCACCAGCAACCCCAUGAGCCGCCACGACCCGAGCCUGCCGUAUCUGGAGCAGUACCGCAUCGACCUGGAGCAGUUCAAGGGCCUGUUUGCUCUGCUGUUCCCCUGGGCCUGCGGCUCACACACCGACGAUCUGGCCCUGCGGUUCUUCCGUCUGCUAGACCACAACGCAGACGCGCUCAUCAACUUCAGAGAGUUCAUCAGCGGCUUGAGUGUCCUGUGUCACGGUGACCUGACGGAAAAACUCAAAUUUCUCUACAAGAUUCACGUAAUUCCAGAGCUGCACCAUGAGCAGGAGGAGCCGGACUCGGCCUGUGAAGCCACGCAGUAUUUCUUUGAGGACAUCACCCCCGAGACCUCCAGCGGCCUCGACCCCAAGAACAGAAGCGAGAAGGAUGAUGGAUUCGUCAGGGUCACCUUUAAGAAUGAUAAAGCUAAGAAAACACACACUCCAGAUUACCGCACGUACCUGCGCCUGUGGAACCAGGAGACCAAAGCUAAGCUGGAGAACAUGAAGGAUCUGCCCAAACUCAACCAGAGUCAGUUCAUCGAGCUGUGCAAGACUCUCUACAACAUGUUCAGCGAAGACCCGAGCGAGCAGGAGCUGUAUCACGCCACCGCCACGGUCACCAGUCUCCUCCUGGAGAUGGGAGAGGUGGGAAAACUCUUCAACUGUCCCAACAACAAGGACAACGAGGAGGAGGAGGAGGAGGACGACGACGAAGAGGACGACCGCAUCCCAGUGCGCAUGAGCAAGCGAGAGAGAGCGAGACACAAACCUAGCGAUCCCGAGAUCAACUCCUGCAUCACGGGCCCGUUAGACAUCAUCAAACCAGAGGAUUCGUCACCCAAAGACACGGGCACGUCCUCCGCCAUGCUCAUCUCAGACGACGAGACCAAAGACGACACGUCCAUGUCCUCGUACUCCGUCCUGAGCGCCGGCUCCCACGAGCUGGACGAUAAGCUUCAGUGCGAGGACAUCGCGGACGACACGGUUCUCAUACGCAACGGCGGGACGCAUAGAGGAGCGGUGCAUCAUGGGAGAGGUGGUCUCCCUCACAGCGCCAGCGUGGAUAAGGACUGGGCCAUCACGUUCGAGCAGUUCCUGGCCUCUGUGCUCACAGAACAUGCCCUGGUCCAGUACUUCGAGAAGCCCGUCGAGAUCGCAGCAAGAAUUACCAACGCCAAGAACGUUCGCAAGGUGGGACAGCAACACAUGUCCGUCAGUGACUAUGAGAUCUCGCUAUCAGGCUAACGUGCCACAAAAAAACUAUUACCCCUCCAUUUUACAAACUGUAGUUCAUCCAAAAAUGAGAAAUCCAGCAUCAUUUACUCAGUCAUGUCGUUCCAUGAUUUUUUAUCUUCUGUGAAACACAGUUAUUUAGUGGAAAGUUAAUGCUAGUUUUUUACCCACACAAUGACAGUAAAUGGUGACCAUCUCCAUCAAGCUAGAAAUUGA